AAUUACUUCACCUGGGACAGCUGCUUCUCUCUUUUGCUCAGGCCCGUAGCACUGCAGGAUGGGCAAGUGUCGUGGACCUCAUACUGCUAGGAAUCUCUGUAGUCACCAACAAGAUCAGAAGUGGCAUGAUAAACAGUACAAGAAAGCCCAUUUGGGCACAGCCCUGAAGGCCAACCCUUUUGGAGGUGCUUCUCAUGCAAAAGGAAUUGUGCUGGGAAAAGUAGGAGUUGAAGCCAAAAAGCCAAAUUCUGCCAUUAGGAAGUGUGUCAGGGUCCAGUGGAUCAAGGAUGGCAAGAAAAUCACAGCCUUUGUACUCAGUGAUGGUUGCUUGAACCUUAUUGAGGAAAACCAUAAAGCUCUGGUUGCUGGAUUUGGUCAAAAAGGUCAUGCUGUUGGUGAUAUUUCUGGAGUUCGCUUUCAGGUUGUCAAAGUAGCCUGUGUCUUUCUUUUGGCCCUAUACAAAGGCAAGAAGGAAAGACCAAGAUCAUAAAUUUUAAUGGUGAAAACACUGUAGUAAUAAAUGUUCAUAUGCCAAAAAGAAAAAAAAGAAAUUAUGUCACCUGGGACAAUGGUGCCAUCAGUCAGCCUGUCCUCAAAGGAACCCUCUGGACAUGGACCCAACUGUCCAUGUAGAUGGGGUAUCCCAAAGGGAGCUCUGCCCUGCCUACAGGGUUCCCCUCCCUGGGCUGGAGUCCAAGCUCAUCCACUACCUUGGAACAUUCCCUUAACCCUGCAUCUCCAGCUCCAACAAAUGGGCAGCUGGCCGGAUAUGAAGAUGUUUCCUCUCCUGGCCUUCUACUUGAGGGAGACAGGGAGGAGCUCUAAUAGUUUACAUAGGACUCAAACACUGUCUGUCACCUAGGGAAACAGUGCACGUGAGAUGACAUUGCAAUUUUACAUGUCUCCUCAUGCAUUCAGUAGAGCUUUAUUUUAGGUUUAUAGGUCCGUGAGGCAACCUGUCUCUUCUUCAGUUUCCUUAUACUGUACUCUGGUCCCCUUUGGAUUUGACAGUCUCAUUUCAAUCUGCCCUCUAGGCCAGAUAGCUAGGUCUCAAGUAAGAAGGAUUCUAAUGCAAAACAAAAAGUUCUAAUGUUUACAAGGAGCAAAGGGAUGCUUAGUUUAAAGUCUAUAUUCGAGGCUGUUCACGAGUGUGAGGCCUGGGUCAAAUGACUCUCCUGACCCAAAUCCUUACUCCACAAUAGACUACGUGGAGAUCGAGAACUGAGAGUUGAUCCCAAGUACAGCUACUCAGGUUGUGAUUAGU